AUGGGUGACAUUGGACAAGAUACCAAAAACAUGGUUAUCAUAGCUUACUGGCUAACCCAACACCAGCUGUGUGAUCCAACGAUUCAUGUCAUUACAAUUCUAGAAGCUACAGAAAUAGCCGGGAGGUCUUCUGGAAAAGCUGGAGGCUUAUUAGCAUCAUGGGCAACACCCUCUUGUCUUGCUCCUCUUAGUUUCAAAUUGCACACCGAGCUCGCUGAAAAGUACAAGGGGGCUUUAUGUUGGGGUUAUCGCCGUGUUCACUGUGCUGAUGUGGCCUUUGAUACACGAAACAGCCAUUCAGCGCAUGAAAGUAUCGAUCGCUCUGAAAUAUUGAAAUGGAUUAAUAAGUCUGGGAUCAAAGAAUUCUCCGAGAUUGACAAACCAGAUGAUACUGCUCAAGUUCAUCCAAAAUCCCUCGCCAACUAUCUUUUGAACCUCGCACAGGCUAAAGGCGUGAAGGUCAUUAUAGCACCCGCUACAUCGAUUAACUAUUCUUCGAACAGAGAAGCAGUCCAUUCCGUCGAGUAUAGUGAACACGGAAUUAAGAGGCAAAUUCACGCAACUGAUACAAUCAUUGCAGCUGGUCCCUGGUCAUCUAAAUUGCUUCCUCUUAUUCCAGUAUAUGGCGAUAGGAGCCAUAGUAUCUUGAUUAAACCUUCAAAAUCAUUAAGUCCUUACGUUUUAUUCCCGAUUUUUGACCCGCCAAUCUCGAAAGAAUCCCCAGAGGAUAAGGAGAAUGACUCCAUGCAAUGGAAGGUCAAGGCAACUAGCAUAGAUAACAUAGAAAUCUACCCUCGUCCCAGCCCACCAUCUGACCCCGAAGAGGUUGUUUAUAUUUGUGGGCCUAGCGAUUAUCCACCACUACCAGAAACGACUGGACACGAUGAGUUGGGAGUGCAAAAUUCCCAAGGCACUGGAAAGAUUCUUGCUGGGAUGGUGAUGAGAGAUGAGCUCGAAGGUGUGGAUGUAAAGGCUCUCGAUCCUCGAAAUUUCUUUGGAGAGUAA